UCACACAUCAAAAAAGAAUAUCAAUAAUGGACCGGGGUUGUUGGGUUGGUUCACCCACUCCAAAGGGUCCCACUCACCAACCCACUAACUCCUUCCCUAUUAUUAUAUUUCCAUUUCCAUCGCACAAACAACACACGCUCAAUGGCUUCGCAACAACAAUCAGAGGUUCCCCCAAAUUUCUGGGGCCACACCCCCGAAGAAGAAUACUACACCUCCCAAGGUGUACGCAACACCAAAUCAUACUUCCAAACUCCCAACGGCAAAAUCUUCACACAAUCCUUCCUCCCACUUAACACCCAACAAAUCAAAGCCACCGUUUACAUGACUCACGGCUACGGCUCCGAUACCGGCUGGCUCUUCCAAAAAAUAUGCAUCACCUUCGCCAACUGGGGUUACGCCGUCUUCGCCGCCGAUCUCUUAGGUCACGGCCGCUCCGAAGGCCUCCGUUGCUACCUCGGCGAUAUGGACAAAAUCGCCGCCACCUCACUUUCCUUCUUCCUCCACGUCCGGCAUAGUCCUCCCUACACCAACCUCCCGGCAUUCCUCUUCGGCGAGUCGAUGGGUGGUUUAGCCACAAUACUUAUGUACUUUAAAUCAGAACCGGAGACAUGGACGGGUCUGAUAUUCUCGGCGCCUCUUUUCGUAAUUCCUGAGGAUAUGAAACCUAGUAAGGUUCAUUUGUAUAUGUACGGUCUUUUGUUUGGUUUGGCUGACACGUGGGCUACGAUGCCUGAUAAUAAAAUGGUUGGAAAAGCAAUUAGGGAUCCAAAUAAGUUGAAGAUUAUUGCAUCUAAUCCAAGGAGGUAUACAGGGCCACCUAGAGUGGGAACCAUGAGGGAACUUCUUAGGGUUACACAGUAUGUACAGGAUAAUUUCUCUAAGGUAACGGUGCCGUUUCUUACGGCUCAUGGAACUGCUGACGGUGUUACGUGUCCGUCAUCUUCCAAACUUUUGUAUGAGAAGGCUACUUCUCAGGAUAAGAGUUUGAAGCUCUAUGAUGGUAUGUAUCAUUCUUUGAUUCAAGGGGAGCCUGAUGAGUCUGCCAAUCUUGUGUUGGGGGAUAUGAGGGAGUGGAUUGAUGAGAGAGUCAGAAGAUAUGGCUCCAAUAACAAUUCGCACUAAAACAAACUAAUAAGCACAACUCGUCGUUCUAUUUUUUUUCUUUUCAUAGUUUGGAAUUACCUGAUUAUUAUGGAUUAACAGCUCGUCUCAACAAGGACUUGAUUAAAGUCUAAUGAAAUUAUUAUUAUGAGAUUAUAUCUGAACAGGAUAUUGUUCUAUGGUAUGCUUCUUUUAAA